AUGAUUUUAAUUGACAAGCUUGAGGAAAGAACAAAUGUCAAAAUUCCAAUUGUAAAUCAAGUAAAUUCAACUGUAAAGGAAAUAAAUUUAAUUGACAUCGAAAAUAAUGAUAUCGGGGCACAGUCUCAAAAUGUUCCUUUCUCUGCUGAAGAAUAUGUUAACUCUUUUUCUGAAACUAGUUUUUCUCAAGAUAAUCAAAGACGCGUUAAAAUAAUUUCAAAUGUUUUAUUGAAUUCACAGACACCUAAUCAAGGUGAUACUGAUAGUAGUGAUUCAGAAUUAAAUCUUGAGGACGAUAUGUUGAAUAUUUGUAGUUCAUAUUUCAAAUCGUUGGAAAAUGAUCCUAAAACUGAUAACGUUGAAAACAAAGGAACUGACUUUGUUUAUCCUUCAUUAAAGGGUUAUAACUUUGAUAGGUCUCAUAAAGAUCAAGCUAUGCCUCAGAAUUUACCGAACAGUAAAAAUCUUCUUAAUGAUGCUAACGGUCAAAAUUUUGUACAGACUGAGUUCAAUAAACCAAUCAACAGUCAAUAUCCUUUUAGUGUGCCUAUUGACAACAAUACAAACUUCAACAGUGUUCCAAAUCUUGUCAAUUUUAAUAGUGAUCCUAACAGUUUUCAGGACUUUCAGAAUUAUGUGAAUCCUCAAUUUCAAGUACCAUAUCAAUCAGGACAAAAUAAUCAAUUUUUCAGACCACCCAAUUUUCAAGGUUUCAACUACCAAUCUCAGUUUCCCGAGCAGUUUCCUCAACAUCGUUAUGUUCAGCCUUCAAGAUUUCCAAAUUUUCACAGUUCCAAUUUGCAAUCUCAAUAUCCUAAUUUUGCUCAACAUAGUUCUCAUUAUUUCAAUAAUUCUAGAAUUCCAGCCUUCGAUAGAAUCAAUUUAAAGUUUGGUGGUAAAGGUCAAAGUCUACACAGUUUUCUGGAAAAGGUGGAAGAAUUUUCUCUGUCUCAUAGAAUUUCUAGGGAGCACUUGCUCAAUUUUGCUCAUGAAUUUUUCGAAGGAGAUGCAUUAAUUUGGUAUCGAUCAAUCAGAAGUCAAAUUUUCACUUGGAAUGAUUUAAUUUACAGAUUGCGUUUGGAUUUCUUACCUGUAGAUUUCGAAGUAGCUUUUUGGGAUGAAGUUCGUGCGCGUACUCAAGGUAGUAAUGAGAGGCCCUUGAUUUAUAUUGGCAUCAUGGAAAAUUUAUUCAAACGAUUUAUCAACCCUGUUGAUGAGGGUACACAACUUCGACUCAUUAUGAGAAAUCUUCUGCCAUAUUACCAACAGCAACUGGUCUUACGUCAACCUAUCUUACUUCUAGAACUAAAAAGUCUUUGUCGUAUUUUGGAGGAUACCAAACUGCGUUCCGAAUCAUUUCAAGGUCCACCCUUGUGUAAUACUUCCACUCUUGAACCUGAACUUGCAUAUAGGAGGGAUAUUUCUGAUAACAACCAUCAUGUGAAAUUUCAACACUCGAAUAAGCCAAAAUUUGGAACAAACGAAAUAAAUAUAUCACAACCAAGUGUUAGUUCUGAAUCACAAGAUGAUUUAGUUAAUUUUGAAGCUCAAGAUAACUGCCUAAAAAUUGAUAAUCAAAACUCCAAAGUGGAGGUUUUGAAUUUGGCUUCUACUAAGUGUUGGAAUUGUGAUCAAAUGGGUCAUGCAUUUCCAAGUUGCAAACUGAAAAGAAAUGUGUUCUGUUUUAGUUGUGGAAAGAAAAACAUAACAAAACCAAAAUGUCCAAAUUGCAAGUCAAAAAACGGAGAUCAGGCAAUUUCAAAUUCGGUAGAAGUUGCCACGAAACAAAGUUAA